ACAUUUCCAAUUCUUCACAUACAAAAACAAACAAUUUCUUACAUAAAAGAAAGAAAACCAAAAGAUAUGGCGAAAUACUCGAUCAAAAACAUGAAACACAUGGCCUUUACCGGGCUAGGAAGCCUCGUAAAACUCCUUCCAACAGGAACCGUCUUCAUCUUCCAAUUCCUCAAUCCUGUCCUAACCAACAACGGCAAAUGCCACCUCGUCAACAAAUACUUGUCCGCUGCCCUUAUAGCUGUAUGUGGCCUGUCUUGCUUCUUAACCACCUUCACCGACAGUUACAUUGGUAAAGACGGCAUUACCCAUUAUGCUAUCGCCACCUUCAAAGGGCUGUGGCCUUCCUCCUCUGCCUCGGCAUCACUAGACUUGUCAAAGUAUAAGAUCCGGUUCGGGGAUUUUGUGCAUGGUUUCUUCUCGUUGGCGGUUUUUGCUGCAUUGUCUUUACUAGAUUCCAACACAGUGGAGUGUUUUUACCCGAGUUUCGUGUCUACUGAGAAAGUGUUGCUUAUGACUAUUCCUCCUGUUAUUGGUGCUAUAUCUGGAACCGUGUUCAUGUUGUAUCCUAAUAAACGCCAUGGCAUUGGUUACCCUUCGAGCCACUCAGCUUAGUUCGAAUAUAUAACCAUUCCUAGUAUCUCGAACGAGUAAAUAAAACUCAAAUUUGUUUCUGCUUAAUAUAUGAUGUAUUAAAUUCUGUUCAUUAUUUGGUUUACAAUAAAGUUCAUGAAAAUUACUUGAUGAACCAAUCUAUAUCUAAUGCAAAUUUGUAUUUUGGUGUAAA